AUGUCUGCCUUCACCUCAAAAUUGUCUAGUGUAGAAAUUCCAAAAAGUGUACAGGUUGCUCUAGAAAUUCCAAAGUGGAGGGAAGUGAUACUUAUGGAGAUGAAAGCUCUUGAAAAGAACAAAACUUGGAGUGUUACGUCACUACUAGAUGAUGGGUCAGUUGAAAGCUACAAGGCUCGCUUGGUGGCUAAAGGCUUUACUCAAACCUAUGGUAUAGAUUACUCAGAGACAUUUGCUCCUGUUGAAAAAUUAAACAUUGUCAGAAUUCUUUUGUCUCUUGCUACUAACAUGGAUUAG